AUGCAGUGCCGCGGACAGACAGUCUUCUUGUGCUUAAGUGUUUUACUUUCUCUAGCCUCUGCUGACAAUUUCGGAGCAGGGCUCAAACUUCUUGGAAGGGUCUACGACAGCUGCGAGAGUUCAAAGGAGAUUCUAAAGUGCUUUAAGGUCAAUGCCGCUAAAUUGGUCGACCGGGCCAGUAGGAUGGAAACUCUUCCGAUCUUGGACGGAAUAUCACUAGUCCGAAGAUCGGAUUUAGGUAGAGCGUUCCCGUCGUCACUUCCCGAAGGCGAUUUGAAUACUUUACCAUCGGAACAAGUGGAUAAAUAUCUCAAUCUGGCAACGUCGAAACUAAUGCAGACUCAUCGUGUCGUGUUAUCCCCAACAACCAUAGGAACAGAUGUAGCAAGAUCAAUGGACGAAGCUAGGGGUAAACUGAAGAAGAUGAUUGGCCCAAUCCUAGCUGGUGUUGCUAUCAAAGGCGGUUUCUUAGCAAUCGCAUUCCAGGCUAUAGCUCUGAUUGCUGGUAAAGCACUACUCAUCGGAAAGAUUGCGUUGUUAUUAUCUGCUAUUAUUGGUCUCAAGAAACUUGUAUCAGGUGGUGAGUCUCACGAGAAGACAACUUAUGAAAUUGUGAAGCAUCCGCAGGUGUCCCAGAGUCAUACUUACUCGUCUUCUCAUUACGGAGGUGACUUUGACGCCACUGGCCCGGGUGGCCACUACAGAAGAAGCGUGGAGGAUGAAGCGGCAGCACAAGACAGAGCAUACAGGGCGUACGCUGCUAAACAGCAGUAA